ACAGCGAGAGAAUAAAUGACUGAAAGACUGCAACGGUAACAGUGGCUAAGGCACCAGCGACUGAAUCAGUAUCGAAUUGGACAACACAACCUGCAGACACGAAACAAAAAAAUACUUAGUUUAUGUUCACUAAAACACCGUGUUUGGCUUUUGGUCUGUCGAUCGAAGUACACCCGAACAAAGCGCAACCGAGAAGUAAGCGGUAACUUGUGGGCUAUUACGUAUGGCUGUGUGUUGGGCGUUGGCGACCUGCUACGUAGAGUUUUUGAUAAAAAUAGUGUGUUUCCGUCACGUAAAAAAACGAGAAAAAAUAAUUUUCUUUUUCGAAAUAUCUAAAACAAAUUUGUCAAUUUUUUUCGAUUGCGAAUGAGUUUCCGAUCAGUGUUCAAAUAUUUAUGUGUGUCACUUUCAUCUUAUCUUAUCUUGUGUUGUAUGUGGUUUAUCGUAGAAUUGCUCACCGAUUACGAUAGUUAAACGUAUAGUGUGCCAAUAAGUGUGUAGAUAAGCUAUUGAAUUUUGACCAAAAAAAUAAUCAUGAAAUCAUUUGCACACAAUUCCACGAAAGAAUCACAACAAAAUUCCAAUUCAAUUUGAAAUCACAGGUGAAUCAUAAACAAAGCGAUCUCCCCGAACACAGAACACAGCACAAGAAUAUCUCGAUUGUUUUGGUUGUGUGUGUUGCAAGUGUUUGUGUAUCGUUUUCAGUUUCCAAAAUGGUAUUUCGAAAUUUGAAGGUAAAGAGAGCGAAUAAAUGUUGAUUCAACGUCGUUGAAGUCAACGCUUAUGUUUCUCUCACUCUCUCCUCAUGUCGUGUGUUUGCGAUGUGAAUGUAAAGGUGCAUUUAUAGUUGCAUUAAACAAAAUAUGUUCUCUUCGUUGGUGUUUUUUUUUUGUUUUGUUGUGAAUUUCAAUGCGAGAGAGUCUUGAGAAGUGGCACACAAUGUGAUUUAUUAUGAAAAAAAAAACACAACAAAUGUUGGGAAAUAAUAGAAGCGAUAGAGAGAAAGAGAGCGAUGAACGAAGAGAGAGGCAAACGAAAUAAAGAUGAGGUAGAAAAAAACGCGACACAUCAAUUCUGUGUUUGUGCUCGGUUAAUUUCGAUUACACAAUAUCUUGAUUGAAAAAGUGAAACUCGGCUACAGUACAUGUAUACGUGCGUCCAGAGACGGAAUGAUUUAGCGAACGCGAUUACAAUGGAUAAACAAUAAUUUUAUGAAUAUUCACAAUUCCAUUACAAACAUGCAACGUGUACAACGUUGUACAUCGCAAAACGUGCAAUUUUUUCAAUUCAAAUAUUUGUUCCAAUUUCAUGAGCACCAGAAGCAGCAGCAGCAGCAGCAGAAAAAAAAACAAAUGGAUGAUUCAUAUGGAAUUCGAUUUGUUUUAAGCAAAUGCGAUCGCUUCACACAAAAAAUAAAAUAAAUUUUCGCCGAGUUUAAAAUAACUUGAGUGAAAUGGAGAGAAAUGUUUGAAACAUAAAAAAGAAAACCAACUCUUCGAUAUCGACGCUAUAAAAUCUGUAUAAAUGGAUGUGUGAUCUUGGAGUGUACGCUUCUGGAGUGAAGAAUUUCACGAAGCACAACGAAAGAAAACAUUGAAAGCGGUGAAAAAGUGAAGAAAACAGAAUGUACAAAAAAAACGAAGAGAUGGUUUCGAAAGAACGAUUCAAAAUCGCUUCAUCACCAACACAUGCGUCCCGUUUUCUACCUUCUUUCUCUCUGCUGUGUGUGUGCAGGCGAUAUUGUGUAGUCCAGCCGUUGCAGCGCAGGAAGUGUGUGUGUAUGUGUAUGGUGGUGUGUGUGAAGCGGCAUUAAAAACACAUUCAACAUUAUGGUCAAAUGAUAAGCGCAACUGCGACCGAUUUCGUUUGUCAACAGAAACAAAAAAAAAACAACAAAAUUCCAGCCAUUAAAACAGUGUUGAAUAGAUUUAGUUUCGAACAAAAUGCCAUUGACUAUGAAUGAGAAGAGGGCACUGAAUCACCAGCGAAAGCAGAUUUUCAAGUGUAAAAGUGUUUUGAAAAAGCGGAAAUUCACCCAAUCGAUACACAUAAACUCGCACAAAUGGAUGUUAUGUGUAGUGUUCUUAGCGUUGCCAUAUUUAUUUGAAUGCCAAUAUCAAACGCGCGAUCCCAGAUGGUAUAGCCGUGAAGGAGACUAUAAUUACCAGUGGCCAAACCCGGGCGAUCCCGAGUAUCGAACGUAUACGUUCAAUGAUCGCAGAUAUGGACACUACCAACCAAAUGGUUAUGGUUACCAAUAUCCCGGCCAAAAGCAUCCAAAUCAAUAUCCAGCAGGUGUGCCGCUUGGCGAAGACAAAUUUAAAUACGAUCCGAAUAAUCCUGAUAAUGUUCAAACACCAUUCCCUGGUAUUUUGGGUGGAUGGCGUGAAGAUUUACAAGGCAAACAAAGACGUGAUUCAUUGCUUCUUGAUCGAGAUGUUUUCGUUACCACCAACUAUGGUCAAGUGCAGGGAUUUAAAGUGCGAUUAUACGAUGAUCCCGAUCCAAAAAGUUUCUAUCGUCCAUGGCAUAGCCAAGUUGACCGCAUAACUGGUGAGUGUGCCGUAUUCCUUGGCAUUCCAUAUGCACUGCCACCAACAUUUGAAGGCCGAUUUAAGCCACCCAGACCGCAUCGAGGAUGGCAGUUGAUGCAAGCCGUUGAUUUUGGUCCUGCAUGUCCACAGCCAGUUCGAUAUACAGGUGCAACGAAAAGCAUCCGCGAUAUGGAUGAGGAUUGUUUGUACUUGAACAUAUUUUCACCGGAUAUUUCGGCGGGCAUCGCCCAAAAAUACCCAGUUAUGGUUUAUAUUCACGGCGGUGACUUUUCACAUGGAGCAUCGAAUACAUUUCCAGCGCAUGUUAUGGCGACAUUUUAUAAAGUCGUUGUUGUUUCAAUCAACUAUCGGUUGGGUGCAUUGGGCUUUUUAUCGACAGGUGAUGAGAAUUCGCCCGGAAAUUACGGCAUUUUAGAUCAAGCAAUGGCCGUAAAAUGGGUCUAUGACAAUAUCGAAUUUUUCAAUGGAGACCGACAGUCGAUUACAUUAUUUGGCCCCGGAGCUGGUGCUGCAUCAGCUGGUUUAUUGAUGGUUGCACCGCAAACGCGUGAUAUUGUAACAAAAGUAAUUGCAACGUCUGGAUCUGCAUUGGCCGACUGGGCGUUGAUUCAAGAUAAAUAUCGGGCACAGAAUACGACACGCGUCUAUGCACAGUUAUUGGGCUGUUCGAUUGAAUCUUCAUGGAAAAUUGUCAACUGUUUAAAACAGGGCCGAAGUUUUUAUGAGCUUGGCAAUGCGGAGUUUAAUCCACAAGUUGGAAACAUUCCAUGGGGUCCAGUUCUCGAGAAUAAUUUCACAUUCCCCGGCGAUAACUGGUAUGAGGGUUGGCGUGAAGCAGAUUGGCACUUUUUGAGUGAAACUCCCGAACAACUUAUUCGAACAAGAAAAUUCAAUCGAAAUCUACAUUACAUGACCGGCGUUACAAUGCAAGAAGCAGCUUACGUUAUUUCACAAAAUGAAACGUUAGCACCGUAUUAUGAAGUGACCGAGCAGUUUUACGAUCAAAAAGUAAAAGAGCUAGUUUUACGUUACAAUUAUACAUUGAAUCCGAUUGGUGUGUACGAAGCGAUAAAAUACAUGUACACGUAUUGGCCCAAUCCAAAAAAUACAACAUUCAUUCGGGAACAAUAUAUUCAUCUGUUAUCUGAUUUCUGGUAUCGUGCGCCAGUCGAUCACAUGGUAAAGUUGCUGGUUCAGCAAAAAGUGCCUGUAUACUGGUACGUCAUGAAUACAACGGUUGAAGCGUUUAACUUGCCCGAAUGGCGCAAAGUGCCGCAUGAUGCGGAGCAUUUCUUUUUAACGGGUGCCCCAUUCAUGGACACGGAAUUUUUCCCAAAGCGAUUACGCUUAGAACGAAACAUGUGGACCGACAACGACCGGAACAUGAGCCACUUUUUCAUGAAAACUUACACGGAUUUCGCACGAUAUGGUAAUCCAACGCCCCAACAAGUACUUGGCAUUCAUUUUGAUGUAGCCAAGGAUGGCGAAUUAAAAUAUUUAAAUUUAAACACGACGUACAACUCAUCAAUAUUGCUCAACUUUCGACAAACGGAAUCCGCUUUUUGGUCACAGUAUCUUCCGACGGUAAUCGGAGUUCUGGUGCCAACAUAUCCGCCAUCGACCGAAUGGUGGUGGGAGCCAAGGGAACCACUUCAAAUCGCAUUUUGGAGCAUGACGGGAGCAUGUAUGUUUUUAAUGGUUAUUGUUGUCAUGUGUUGCAUUCUGUGGCGUAAUGCCAAAAGACAAGCCGAUCGAUUUUAUGAUGGUGAUAUAUUUAUUGAUGCGAGCGAAUCAGAUGCAGUGCUUGGCAUUGAAAAUAAAGCCGCACAAACCCAUGCACUUCGAACGACCGAUAACAUCUACGAGUUCAAGGAUACAAAACCGCCAAAAUCCAUUCAAGAUACAGCAUCACUGCGUUCACCCAGUUCGUUGGGUAUCACUCAAACCACAAAAACAAACAGUCAAACGUCGUUGCACAGUGGUGCAAUCUCAUUAAAAGAGUCACCUGUUACACCCAGAGAUAUCACCGACAAAAGCAGUAAGUUCAGUGACCGUAGUAUAUCGACAAAUCCACGUGGCCGAUACGAUGAUGGUCGUAAUCUGAUGAAUAAUUAUGGUAAAUCCCGCGAAACAAUAUCAGAUGACAGCCCAACCGAAUACAAACCAUCAACAACACCAGUGCCCACGGCGCGUAAAAGUAUUAAAUCGAGUAAAACACAUCUGAUAGAAGGUGUACCACAAACAGAGGUUUAAGCGAAAAAUACAAACCCAUUUCAAUAGUUUUGCAUAAGAAUAAGUGCACAAUUAACGCGACACAGAAAGAAAAGACAUUUAUUUUCGUCAGUUUUACAUCAUUUUUUUCACGAAUUUAUUUGAAAUAAUCUCCUUUGAUAACAUUUUUGUCACUUAAUACUUAAGCAAAUCCAUCGUGUAUUUGUUUUUAACUUUAGUGCCACCAAAUCGUUUACAAAUUAUAUAUAUAGUUUUUUUUCUGUAUAAAUGAGUUUAAACUUAAUGCGAGAAACAAAUGAGCUUGAAACAAUAAUGAUAAUAAUCGAAACUUAAUUCCAUUUGAUCACGUUCACAUUUAGUCACAUGAAUAAUAAAAAAAAAAAACAAAUGAAAGAAGUACUAUGUAUGUCAUUUUCGUAAAUCGUAUAUUCAUAACAGACGUUUUAGGUGUAUAAUAGGCUCAGUUUAUGUAGUAAUUUUCCCAUUCCGCUAUGUAAUAAUCUAUAGUUUAAAAUUAUGUUAACCACUUCUUGUUUUAUUUUGUUCAAUUGCUCGCUCUCUCUCUUGCUCUCUCGCUCUUUCGAGGGACAGUUGUGCUUCAGUAUGUUCGGAUUCAUUCAUGUUUGACAAACAAACCUGUUGGUUUUUUUAAAAAAAUAUUCUUCAUUUUCUAUUUCAUUCAAAUAUUUACUGAGAGUUUUGCAUUUAGACUAUUGCUUCCGUUUUGUAACUUUUUCAUGUGUUUCUUUUUGUAUGUGUGUGUUGUGAAUUCGCUUCAUCUUAAUUUAAAUUCGAGUUGUUGUUUUUUCGGUGAAAACUGUCAUUUUGAUAUUUAUGCCUUUAUAUAAAGUAUUUGUGUAAAUUGGAAAAGUUUUCCAAUCCAAACCGGAUGUGUGUGUGUGUUGUACAGUCGAUCACAUAUUGAAGGGAAAAAAAUAAUCGAAUUCAAAACAUAGAAUGUAGAUCUCAUCGAUUCAUUUGCUCGAUAUAAAAUAAACGCAAAAAAUAGUAGAUUAGUUUUAAACCAUGGUUGACAAAUGAAAGCAAUUUAACAGUCGUGCUCUUGAAAAGUGCCUUAACCAAAUCAAAGGGUAUAGAUAUACAUAUAACAGCUAGGUUUAUCUAGGAGAAUCGAAAAUGGCCGAAAUAGAAAACCAAUUAUUGUUAACCAUAUAUAUUAUAUAUCCUAUUCGUAUUAGUUUCAUUUUACGUUUGGGUGUCCUUGUGUUUUAGCUUAACCAUGCGUCUCUUUAAUUACGGUAUUAAUUUGUCGCAUAAUCCGUAGUUUUUUUUAAGUUUUUAGGAGUCUAUAUGAAUUGUAUGUUGUGUAGUAAUUCAACUAAGUGUCUAUGUUUUCUUGUUUAUAUUUCUGAUUUACAUUUUUUUAGUAUGUAUUUUGUGUUAAGGUGUCCAUGUACUUUGUAUUUUGUACUUGUGAAUCGUCUAUUAUCAGUAAUCCGUCCAAUUCGUGCAUAGUUUAGUAAAUUGUGUUUUGUAUCGUUUUGUGCUCGUUUUUUAACGCGUUUAACGACAGUGCAAAUCAAUUUUUUAAAACUUUUUUUUAACGUAUUUUAGGUGUAUUAAGGUUCAUUUAGGCUAUUUCAUUUUAGUUAUAUAGACAUAACAGAUAUUAGGCAUAAAAGUUUUUACAAGUUGUAAAUAAACUCGAUAAAUGUUUUAGUUAAAGAUAAAUCGGCGAAUAUAGAUUUUUAGGCGAAUUUUCCCCGCACAAGCAAAAACAAAAUCAAACCUUUUCAAUACCAAUGGUGAAUCGAAUUCAAAACAAAACAACAACAUCACGAUAAAUGAAAUCAAACUAUGAAGAAAAUAACGAAAACGAGAAGAAAAACAAGUAUACAUAUGUCGAAAAAAAACAGUAGUGAUAAAAUCAGAUUUGGAACAACGUACAUUUUAUUCUUUUAAGAUUGAUGCGAUACAAAUAAAGCGGAAUGAAAAAUACGAAA